AUGGAUAAAGUACUGCGUCCUGAACGCCUAGAAACCGAUCCAAAUAGCAGCACGGCCCAGAAGGAAUGGCUCCAUUGGAAAAGGACCUUCGAGAAUUUCGUACAAGUUCUACCUCAGACGGGCUUGGACAAGUUGACCGUUUUAACUAACUUUGUUUCUCCAACACUCUUCCAACACAUCGAAGAUUGUACGGAAUACGAUGCAGCAAUUGAGGCGCUACAAGCCCUUUAUGUUAGACCACGGAAUGAGAUCUUCGCUCGCCAUCUACUUGCAACGAGACGCCAGCAACCAUCGGAAAGCUUAGAUGAGUACUUGCAAGCUCUGAAAACACUGAGUAAGGACUGUGAUUUUAAGAGUGUAACCGCAGCGCAGUACAGCGAAGAGAACAUACGGGAUGCGUUUAUUACAGGUCUGCAAUCCAACACAAUCAGGCAACGAUUGUUGGAGAACAAAACACUUGAUCUAAAGACCAUGUUUGACCAGGCUCGAGCUCUGGAGUCAGCUAUGAGGAGUUCAGAAUCAUAUGGAGCACCACAGAUACCUAUAAAUGCAGCACUACCUUGUAACAGCACCUCAUUGUCAGCAGAACAGCCUGACGAGUCUACUGUAGCUACAAUGAAACCCGAUAAAGCUACUUGCUUUUUCUGUGGAAACAAGAAACACCCUCGACCGAAGUGUCCUGCCCUGGAGGCUAUUUGCAACAAGUGUCAAAAGAAAGGCCAUUUUGCUAAAGUUUGUAAAGGAAAGGCGGUUCCAAAAGAAAGAGUUUCGGCAGCAACUUGGUCCCCGAUACUCGCCACAUUGACAGCUAACCCACCAGAAUCCCUCUCUAAAUCAUGUGGUGUCGUCAAUAUCCAAGGAUUGCAAGUCAAGGCCCUGUUUGACAGUGGGAGUAGUGGAAGCUAUAUCCAUCCCAGUCUAGUAGAGCAAGCAAGUCUGACAGUCCAGCCCUCAUCUAGUACCGUAUCCAUGGCAACCUCCUCGACAGGCGCCAUCAAGGUUAGUGGUACUUGCACAGUUGAUCUUACCUACCAAGGACGGAGAUAUGAAGGCCUCAAGUUUUCUGUACUCCCUGGGCUAUGUGCAGACCUGAUAUUAGGAGUAGACUUUCAGUCAAAGCACGAAAGUGUCAUUUUCCAGUACAAGGGCUCCGAACCGCCCCUCUCCGUCUGUAGCUUCAGCACUCUGAAUGUAGACCCGCCUGAGCCAUUUGCAAACCUGACAGCAGACUGUCAUCCUAUUGCCACAAAGUCACGCCGCUACAGCCAAGAAGAUUCCACGUUCAUUGAUGAAGAAGUUAAGAGGCUGCUUAAUGAAGGAAUCAUUGAGCCCAGUCGCUCUCCAUGGCGAGCACAAGUUGUAGUAACCAAGGAUGAGAAUCACAAGAAGAGGCUAGUAAUUGAUUACUCACAGACCAUCAACAGGUUUACCCUCCUCGACGCAUUCCCAUUACCACGAAUAACCGACUUGGUUAACCAGAUCGCCCAGUACAAAGUCUUCAGCACUAUAGAUCUACGCAGUGCUUAUCAUCAGAUCCCUCUCAAAGAUGAGGAUAAACCGUACACAGCAUUCGAAGCUAGAGGUAACCUGUAUCAGUUUAGCCGACUCCCAUUCGGCGUCACCAACGGGUUGGCCUGCUUCCAGAGAGAGAUGACUAAGUUUGUGGAAGAGAACAAUCUCAAGGCGGUCUUCCCUUAUCUCGACAACAUCACAAUCUGUGGGAAAGACCAAGAAGAGCAUGAUUCCAACCUUCAGAGUUUCCUUGAAGCUGCUAAGCGCAAGAACAUCUGCUAUAACAACGACAAGAGCAUCUUCUCCACCAGGCGUCUUCCUAUCCUUGGAUAUGUGGUUGAGGAAGGGAAUAUCAGUCCAGACCCAGAACGUCUACGCCCUUUGCGAGAGCUACCCGUUCCAAGUGACUCAAAGUCUCUGAACAGAUGCCUCGGAUUGUUUUCCUACUACUCACAAUGGAUACCCGCAUACUCGGAUCGAAUCAAGCCAAUAACCUCCUGCAAGGUUUUUCCAUUACCCGAGCCCGCUGUCGCGGCCUUUGAGAGUAUCAAGAAGACGGUGGAGGAAGCUUUUGUUAGUGCAAUCGAUGAAAGCAUUCCAUUUGAAGUUGAGACGGAUGCUUCAGAGGUGGCAUUAGCUGCCACUCUCAGCCAAAAUGGGAGGCCAGUUGCAUUCUUCUCAAGAGCCUUACAGGGCAGCGAGCUCAAGCACGCCUCAGUUGAGAAAGAGGCACAAGCGAUUGUAGAAGCUGUCCGACACUGGAGGCACUUCCUAACAGGGAGGCACUUCACUCUUAAAACAGACCAGAAAUCAGUAUCUUACAUGUUUGACCAGUGCCACAAAGGGAAGAUCAAGAAUGAUAAGAUCAUGCGGUGGAAGAUCGAACUCUCCUGCUAUAGUUUCGAUAUCAUUUACCGUCCUGGUAAAGAGAACAUUCCACCCGACACUCUGUCCAGAGCUACUUGCGCCACGUUGAGUGAAGAUCCCCUCUACCAGCUCCACGAGUCACUCUGUCAUCCAGGGGUCACCCGACUCAACCACUUCGUACGCACCAAGAACCUCCCUUAUUCCCUUGAGGAGAUCAAGAGCAUGUCUAGGGGAGAUCAAGGGGAUGUUCGGCGAUCCUCUUCCGGAUCUUCCAUCCCAACAUGGAUGAGUGAGCCUGGACCGGUCCUACUCAAGCGUCACGUCCGUGCAAGCAAGACAGAUCCGUUAGUUGAUGAGGUGGAAUUGCUUCAGGCGAAUCCUCACUACGCCCAUGUGCGCUAUCCAGACGGCCGAGAAACAACAGUCUCUACCAAGCAUCUUGCCCCCAAAGGUGAAGUACCAACAAUGUACCCACUCCCUCAAGUUAAGCCUACUGUUCCAGGUGAGCAUCACCCUGCUACUGGUAGUUCCCCACCUUCCUCGGAGAUAGAAGUGGAGAUAGGUGUGGGCGAAGAAGUGCCACAGGUCAGUACAGGUCUUGAUGGGCAGCCUCCCUUGCGACGUUCGGAGAGGACCCGACGUCCAGUGGACAGACUUAACCUCUAA